AUGGAGCCGUUUCAACUUAUAGCUGUGUUUUUGUUCGCUCUGGCAUCGGCACGACUAAACGACGCCUCCUGCAAAAUGUGCUUUCAACAAGAUGUCAACGCCAAUACAACAUGUCCACUAGGAGCAUCAUGUUGGAAUGGCACCCAAUCAGAGUGGGUCGUUGUCCUAAGCAGAGACGAUGUUUGCUUGCACUGCUUCGUCUCUGAGUCUCAACUCCGUCCUCUCUUUGUUCCAAGCGUUAGUGCUACAACACUCAAAUUCUCGAAGGAUGAGAGUUUCCCUCACCACUUGUCACUCUUCCGAGUAGACUCCGAGUCCAAGUUCAACUCUUGCUUGGUGACGCCAGAACAGCAGAUCGGACAACUGAACACGUCGGUCUCGGACGUGAUUGUUUUAGUUACCGAGAUCGACAUUGGAGUAAACUACUUUGUGGCCGUCGGAAUGCCCAACACAACUUGCAACAACGGAACGCGACUUCGAGUGUUUGUUGGAUUAAACAACUGCAGUGACAGUAAUGAUGAUAGACUCGUCUGUUGCAAUCGUGCUCCGUGUGUGUUCGAUGAUACACUUGACGAGUUUACAUGCCAAUGUUCAGGAAAAUACAAAGGUGGGUGGUGCCAAGACAUUAACGAAUGCUACAACAACAAUCAGUGUCAACAUGGAGGACGGUGCGUAGACGGCAACUGCAGUUCCGAGUGCGAGUGUGUCGACGGUCGUAGCGGAAUGUUUUGUGAAUGCGAAUCGAGUCCGUGUCAGAAUGGAGGUACCUGCUAUAAUGACACGCAUAGACUAGACAACAGUAGUUACAGUUGUCUAUGUGGUAGCAAUUAUACGGGACUACAUUGUGAGACCGAACUGAACGAAAGUCUGUCUUCUCCCUGUCAGAACAAUGGUACUUGUCAUGACUCCACUGGUCAAUAUUUCUGUGCUUGUUCGCGUGGAUUCACAGGAUUGGACUGCAAUGAUGACAUAGACGAAUUUCAGCAAAGAAACCUAAGUGGCAGUGGCUAUUGUAACAACACGUUUGGCAAUUACACGUGCAUCUUUAGUAAUGGCAGUUGCGAUUCAGUAAAUUGUAGCGAUCAUGAAAAGUGCUUGUAUCUGGAUGAAGGGAAAUUACGUUGCUUGUGUACGAGUGAAUAUAAGGAAACUACUUUUCAAUAUCAACUAGACAAUAGUAAGUGUCUCUCUAAUCCUUGUAUGAAUAACGGCAAGUGCGAGUACGAGAAUCACGACUACGUUUGUGAGUGCCCGAGUGGCUAUGGUGGGGACUACUGUCAACUUGAUAUAAAUGAAUGUCUGAGUAACCCUUGCAAACCAGGUCAAGAGUACUGUCGUAAUCUUGUUGAUGGAUUCGAGUGCAUUCAAGUAUGUGGACCUUGUGUUCGACCUCCAUCGGUAUGCAACUCUUCUUCAAACGUAUGCGACCAAUUGCAAGUUACUUGUAGCCCAGGAAGCGUGUGUAAAGUUGAAGAUGAAAUGCCAUUUUGUCAAUGUUUGCAAACCUGUCAGGAAGUAGCCAAUACCAGUCUAGACGUAGCGAUGGCGGCAGGAUUCAGUGCAAUAAAUGGAUCAUUUGCAAAAGUUAAUUUAGAUAUUAAAAGGACGUCUUCAAACAUUUCUGUUAUUCUAAGACCAGACGAUAAAGAUGGAUUGAUUCUGCGUUAUGGAGGAUCUAGUCUAGAUUUUCUCGAGAUUGAGUUAAGCGACGGUUUUGUCCAAUUUCGCUACCAUCUAGGCAAUGAGACGGCUACCAUAAGAAGUAGCAACAAGAUGUCUUUGUACAGGUGGCACGCCAUUACAGCCGAACGUCGACAUCAACAAGGUUGGUUAACAGUAGAUGGGCAACUUUCUACAGGAAUGCCAUUAGGACCUCUUAUUAAAUUGGAUCCUCAUCCUCGAGUUCUCUUUGUUGGUGGACACGAUGACAUGUCGGUUACGGCAACUAAAGGAUUUUCCGGUUGCAUCAGUUAUCUAAAGAUUAAUGAUUAUGUCGUCAAUCUGACAAACUCCCUUUCUUCAAUGGCAAUUACAGAAUGCAUCGAAAGCCAAUGUGACGCUACAUGCAAUGAAAGAAGAAACGAUUUGUUUGGAAUCAGCAACAACAAGUAUGCUUGCAGAUGCAAUAAUGCAAGCUUGUUGCCCAUCUGUCAUCUUGACGUCGACGAAUGCGCUUUGGGGCAGGAUAAUUGCUCACAAGGCACGAAAUGUGUUAAUACCCUCAAUGGAUUUGAUUGUAUAUUCAAGUGUACGUGUGACACGUGUUAUAACAACGGCACGUGUCAAGAACAUUUGUACAGUGGAAUAAAAACAUGUGAAUGUCAAUCGAAUUAUACCGGAUUACGAUGUGAGACUUACCUCGACGGUUGUUGGCCAACGCCUUGUGUUUACGGAACAUGUGUACCGAUAGAGAGUGGCACAACUUGUCUCUGUAGGACUGGUUUUACAGGACGUUAUUGCGACGUGGAAAUAAUAGACAAAUGUCUGUCAUCACCUUGUGACCAUCAAGGCACGUGCUCUGAUCACGUUUGUGGAUACACUUGCACCUGUAAAGACGGAUAUGCUGGAGCAAACUGUGAAAUCAAUAUUAAUGAAUGCGGGAGCAAUCCUUGUAAAGAAAACCAAUUAUGUCAAGAUGACAUCAAUCGAUAUCGUUGUGUGCGUGUGCACAACGCGUGCGACGACAAUGUGUGUGAACACGAUGGCGUCUGUCUUCGACUCUCCGACAAAAAUCAUUGCUACUGCACGAACGGAUAUCACGGUGUCCACUGCGAAGUCGAAGUCAACGAGUGCAGUUCUAGUCUUUGCUCCAACGGAUCUUCUUGUAUCGACGGUAUCGGUAACUACACGUGUGUCUGCCCGCCAAAAUUUACCGGUCGGCACUGUGACAUAGUAAUGACUGAUUGUGAAAUAUCAGAGUGUGGGAGUAAUGGUAAGUGCUUGAAUGGCACGUGUAUAUGUCUCGACGGCUACACGGGUAAAGGAUGUGAAAGUGAGAUCGACCCUUGUCUUUCGUCAAGCUGUGAUUACGGGGCAAAAUGCGUGUCUGACUAUCCGUCUUAUACGUGUUCGUGUCCGACAGGAGCAAUUGGUCGCCAUUGCGAAAUUUUCCAAUAUUGUGGUAGUUAUAGUGAAGAGUUUGUGUCGGAUUUUGACGACCUUAGAGCAAUCUCGUACGGAGAAGGUGCAGUUCAAGUAUCCUGGAAUCUACGGAAUGCGAGCAAUAAGCCGGAAACAAAGACGGGAUUUCGAGUUCUGCGAUAUUUGUUAGAAUACAGCACUCUCGACAAUUUGUUCGCUCAAAAUGUUACGGUUAACGGCAACGACGUGGUUUUUAAAAAUCUAGGCUACAUGAAAUUUCGUUUUCGAAUCGCUUCGAUUAUCAACGGCCAGGACAGGCUCGUCUGCAGCAAUUUUUCAAACUUCUUGGGACCUGUUACGCCAAACAUCUCUCAUCCGACAUCACAACCGAGCAACGUCACUGUACACUCUGUGGAGCCGAAUCAACUUUCGGUCACAUGGAAUCCCAUCGACCCAAACUUUGCCGGCGGUCCGAAUCCUCAAUACAUCGUAUACUGCACGCCGCUCGCUCCCUUUACGUCACGCUCUUACAAUCUCACUGCUUCGACUACUUAUGCCGACAUCGGCGGUCUAGAUGAAGAUACGUUGUAUAAAGUCGAAGUGUCGGCUGUGGUCGUUUUGUCUAGAGAAAGAGAACUUGUAGGACCCAGGAGCAAGCUGGUGAUAAUAAGAACAAGUUUGGCAUUUAUUCCUUUUCCAGAGAACGUCGAGGUUGUGCCUUUAGACUGGCGCAGCGCUCGUGUUACGUGGAGAUUGUCAUCUGUUGUAUCUAAUGAUCCCAGUGUGAAUAUCUCUAUCUACUUAUUCAACCAAACAAAUAUAAUCAGCAGAUAUGUUCUUCCUUUUAAUCAACGCCACUUAAAUCUUGUGGAUCUAUCACCUGAUACAAUUUAUAAUUUGAAGGCAGCUAUCAACAGCUCAAAAGGAAACAGCAAAGAAACCAACGAGACCAUAUUUAGAACUGUUGAUUCGAAUGACUGGAAUUUUACGCUUUUGACUCAUAAUUCUACUUCUCUUGGCGUCAUAUGGAUGGUGCCAAGGCAGAACAAAACUGCUAAUGGAUCUGUCAGGUUGAUAAUUACGAAACAAACACAUGAAACCAGAUUAGUGCGCAAUGCAACGAAUGUCGAGAAAUUAGUUGAUAUAUUAAACGAAGAAGCGUUACUGACUGGUUUGCUGUCUUCGUUCCUCUACAAAGUUCAAAUUAUUGUUUCGCUGUCAAAUAAAACGGAAAUUGAUUUUGGCUACUUUUAUCAAUUCACUGACCAAUCAGCUCCAUCUAAACCAAGGAACAUUAGUGUCGUACUUGGUAACGAUCCAUCAGUGGCUCAAGUGUUUUGGGAUGCGCCAAUUAAUCCAAACGGCCAAGUUGGUUAUCGCCUGCGAUAUUACGGCAAUUCAUCCGUUCAUACUUGUCUCGAGGCACAGGAACGUGUCGUUGACGUGAUAGACAACCAACAAUGGCUCAUUACAGACUUGAAACCAUUUGAAGAGUACACAGUGCAAGUUACGUCAUAUAAUUUGUUGCACAACAUUAGCUGCUGUUUAUUAAACGACAACGAAACGGCGGAAAUAUGUACGUUUUGGACGCCAAGGUCACGUCUGAAUGCUCCGAAGUCUAUAAGAGUAUUGAGCAACAAGUCUGGUGGAAUAGAAGUACAUUGGGACAACGAUAGUUGCCUUUAUGACAAACCCGUGUCCGUCUCUGUCUAUUACGCUCCUGUCGUCGUUGCUCGAAAGCAAAAACACUUUCCUCUCAUCGUCAGUCAUAUCAUCGAUUUGUCAAAACCUCUUCACAAAACAUAUUAUUAUAUUAGUGGAGAAUAUUUGCAAAGAAACAGCACGUACGCAGUUUGGAUGCAACUGGAUGCCCAAGAUGAACGAGGAUUUUACUCUCAAAUAUUCUAUCGAACGUCUCUGCUUACACAUCCACAAGACGAAGUAUCAGCGUUAUCUGUGUGGAACCGAACGUCCAACUCUAUUUCUCUUAAAUGGAAAGUGCCCAGUGGAAAGUCACUCAACGACGAUACGGGAUUCUUUUUCUAUCGCAUCAAGUGGCAAUCUGAGUCGAACACGGCUAGCGGCGACUUUGACUAUUACUCUGAAAGAACAUAUGAUAACAACUUUCUCAGGGACAAUUACACCGUUAGAGAUCUCCAACCGGCAAAUCUUUAUGAACUAUGUAUUUACGUUGCAACCAUCGACAAAAAGAACAGAAAAGUACUGUUGGGACCAUCACAAUGCGUGAACGAUUCUACUGACUUUCUAAAAGCAUUUACAGCCUGGGUAGUUCCCAUUUCUGUUCUUGCCGCGCUUUUUGUCGUUUCCACAACUUUAGUUUCCUUGUAUUACAUUUAUCGUUGGAGACCAAAGAAAGUGCUGGAAAGAGAAUUGGACGACGACGGUUUGCGGCGCGUCGAGCUCCAACGCAACAAUAUAGACUUACCGGAUGACACCAAGAAGCUCGGAUCAGGAACAUUCGGCUGCGUGAUGAUGGGAUGGAUAUGCUCGCACAAUGAAAAUAUACGAGUGGCUGUCAAACAACUACAAACAAACAGUAGUUAUGACUUGAAAAGUGACUUCAUUAGAGAAGCAAAGAUUUCCUUGCGUGUCGAUCACGUGAACGUCGUACGCUUGCUGCACGUCUGCUCUCAAGAAGAACCUUAUCUUAUGAUUAUGGAAUACGUCAAUAGGGGAAAUCUAAACCGACUGCUCACAAUUUUGAAACCAAAAAUAGCAGAGAAUCUGGCAUCAACGUUUGCUGCUCUUAAAUGCGACCUUCUCCAUCAGAUUGCAUGCGGUCUUCAAGCGGUCAGUAAACUAAAUAUCAUUCAUCGUGAUAUCGCAGCCAGAAACUGCUUGAUUCACGAAGAAGGUGAAAGACUGAUUGUCAAAGUGAGCGAUUUUGGAAUGGCCGUCGUCAUCGACGAAGAAUUCGGAGAAGUUCGAAUGAAAAAGGGAGAAGGAAACGUACCGUUUCGAUGGAUGAGUCCGGAGGCUUCGUACGAAAGGCGAUACAGCGAGAAAAGUGACGUGUGGUCGUUUGCUGUUCUCUGCUGGGAAGUUUAUAGUUUUGGUUUGACGCCAUACCCUUGGCUGUCAAACACUGACCUAUUUCGCUAUAUUUCUAAUCGCCUCCCUCUACCUCCUCUACCAUUUCUCAUCACUACCGAGGUAGGAAAUUCUCUUCUCAUUCCAAUGCAAGAGCAAGAGCUACUGUUCGAUUGCUGGAAGAUUGACGUCGAUCAACGUCCUUGUUUUGACGACGUCGUCAAUACUUUGGAGUGUACAUUGAAAGUUUACGGAAAUGCACUGGAUGACGACUUGCUCACUGUUAAAGAACUGAUGCUAGCUGGUGUCGUAGAAAACAAUGAGGUCGAGAAUACGGCACUAUAA